AUGGCCAGCAUGGCCGUGCAGCUGCUGGGCUUCCUGCUCAGCUUCCUGGGCCUGGUGGGCACGCUCAUCACCACCAUCCUGCCGCACUGGCGCAGGACGGCGCACGUGGGCACCAACAUCCUGACGGCCGUGUCCUACCUGAAGGGGCUGUGGAUGGAAUGCGUGUGGCACAGCACAGGCAUCUACCAGUGCCAGAUCUACCGCUCGCUGCUGGCGCUGCCCAGCGACCUGCAGGCGGCCCGCGCGCUCAUGGUCAUCUCCUGCCUGCUGUCGGGCGCCGCCUGCGCCUGCGCCGUGAUCGGCAUGAAGUGCACGCGCUGCGCCAAGGGCACUCCGGCCAAGGCCACGUUCGCCGUGCUGGGCGGCGUGCUCUUCAUCCUGGCCGGGCUGCUCUGCAUGGUGGCAGUCUCCUGGACCACCAACGACGUGGUGCAGAACUUCUACAACCCGCUGCUGCCCAGCAGCAUGAAGUUCGAGAUCGGGCAGGCCCUGUAUCUCGGCUUCAUCUCCUCGUCCCUGUCGCUCAUCGGUGGCACCCUGCUCUGUCUGUCCUUCCAGGACGAGGCACCCUCCAGACCCUCCCAGGCCCAGCCCAGGGCCACCACUGCCACCGCGGCUACGGCGCCCUCCUACAGGCCACCUGCUGCCUACAAGGACAAUCGGGCCCCUUCUGUCACCUCGGCCUCGCACAGUGGGUACAGGCUAAACGACUACGUGUGA